GGCCAGUAGAGUGGUAGCCCGGGAGCAGGACAGCAGGUUGGCUUUGGAGGACUGGGCUCUGAGAGCCUUGCCUGAGGCUCAGCUCUAGAGUUUGUAGGAGCCUGCCCAGACAGACUGUUCCCUCCACAUUUUCUGCAGCCAAUUCAGCAAGAGCCCCAGGAUGGUGAGGUGGUUUCACCGGGACCUCAGUGGGCCUGAUGCUGAGACCCUGCUCAAGGGCCGGGGAGUCCCUGGGAGCUUCCUGGCUCGGCCCAGUCGCAAGAACCAGGGUGACUUCUCUCUCUCAGUCAGGGUGGAUGACCAGGUGACCCAUAUUCGGAUCCAGAACUCGGGGGACUUCUAUGACCUGUACGGAGGGGAGAAGUUUGCGACGUUGACAGAGCUGGUGGAGUAUUACACUCAGCAGCAGGGCAUCCUGCAGGAUCGAGACGGCACCAUCAUCCACCUCAAGUACCCGCUGAACUGCUCAGACCCCACCAGUGAGAGGUGGUACCAUGGCCACAUGUCUGGAGGGCAGGCAGAGUCACUGCUGCAGGCCAAGGGCGAGCCCUGGACAUUUCUUGUGCGUGAGAGUCUCAGCCAACCUGGUGAUUUUGUGCUCUCUGUGCUCAAUGACCAGCCCAAGGCUGGCCCUGGUUCCCCGCUCAAGGUCACUCACAUCAAGGUUAUGUGUGAGGGUGGACGCUAUACUGUGGGCGGCUCAGAGACAUUUGAUAGCCUCACAGACCUGGUGGAGCACUUCAAGAAGACGGGGAUUGAGGAGGCUUCAGGUGCCUUUGUCUACCUGCGGCAGCCUUACUACGCUACUCGGGUGAAUGCAGCAGACAUUGAGAACAGGGUCUUGGAACUGAACAAGAAAAAGGAGUCAGAGGACACAGCCAAGGCUGGCUUCUGGGAGGAGUUUGAGAGUCUGCAAAAGCAGGAGGCCAAGAACUUGCACCAGCGUCAGGAAGGGCAGAGGCCGGAGAACAAGAGCAAGAACCGUUACAAGAACAUUCUUCCCUUUGACCACAGCCGAGUGAUUCUGCAGGGACGUGACAGUAACAUCCCAGGGUCUGACUACAUCAAUGCCAACUACGUAAAGAACCAGCUGCUAGGUCCAGAUGAGAACUCUAAGACCUACAUCGCCAGCCAGGGCUGUCUGGAUGCCACAGUCAAUGACUUCUGGCAGAUGGCGUGGCAGGAGAACACCCGUGUCAUUGUCAUGACUACCAGAGAGGUGGAGAAAGGCCGGAACAAAUGUGUCCCAUACUGGCCAGAGGUGGGCACUCAGCGCGUCUAUGGGCUCUACUCUGUGACCAACUGUAGAGAGCACGACACAGCAGAAUACAAACUUCGCACGUUACAGAUCUCCCCACUGGACAAUGGGGACCUGGUUCGGGAGAUAUGGCACUACCAGUACCUGAGCUGGCCUGACCAUGGGGUUCCCAGUGAGCCUGGGGGUGUCCUCAGUUUCCUGGACCAGAUCAACCAGCGACAGGAAAGUUUGCCUCACGCAGGACCCAUCAUUGUACAUUGCAGCGCUGGCAUCGGCCGCACGGGCACCAUCAUCGUCAUUGAUAUGCUCAUGGAGAGCAUCUCCACCAAGGGGCUAGACUGUGACAUCGACAUCCAGAAGACCAUCCAGAUGGUACGGGCACAGCGCUCCGGCAUGGUGCAGACAGAGGCCCAGUACAAGUUCAUCUAUGUAGCCAUUGCCCAGUUCAUUGAAACAACCAAGAAGAAACUGGAGAUUAUACAAUCCCAGAAGGGCCAGGAGUCGGAGUAUGGGAAUAUCACCUACCCUCCCGCUGUGAGGAGUGCCCACGCCAAAGCCUCCCGCACCUCCUCCAAACACAAGGAGGAGGUGUACGAAAACCUGCAUAGCAAGAGCAAGAAGGAAGAGAAAGUAAAGAAGCAGCGGUCGGCAGAGAAGGAGAAGAACAAAGGUUCUCUCAAGAGGAAGUGAGCCGGGCAUUCGUCUGCAGGUGGCCAUGGUGCGGCCCCUUCUGUAUGGUCUUUCUCUCCCUACUCCCUUCCCCCAACUUCAGUUCAGACGUGCAUGGGACGGUCACAGUCUCACCCUACCCUGCCAGGGUGUCCCUGGAUCGUGUAUCCCCUUCCCAGACCCCAGACAACCUUUGAUCCACUUCGUCUCUUUGCUUUGCAGCAUCAGCCUUAACCCCUGCAGAGGCCUCCACCGGACAGACCGAGACCUGUGGUCCACACUAGACCCUAGGACCACCCCCAUCUUCUUGUAAUUUAAGUCACUGUGGUCCUCUGAACCUGUAUAUAGCUCAGCAAGUCCCCAGGGAGAGCCGGACCCUUCUAUUCUUGUAAAUAAAGCCCCUGGACCACUGUG